GACGCCCCGCGCAGCGUCCAGACGCCUGCAGCUCCGACCAGCACAGGGGGAGGCGGGCGGAUGGGCUGCGACGCCGGCAACUCCACGGCGGAGCAGGAGCAGGAUCAGGCUGUGCGCCGCCUCUACGUGUACUGCGUGCCGCCGCUGGUGGUCUUCUGUGCGGUGUCUGUGGCGGUGAACGCGCGCGUGCUUCUGGCCGUGUGCUGGCUGCGGCGCCCUGUGUCGCCCACCCUGGCGCUCAGCCUGAGCCUGGCCGCCGCAGACGCCUGCGCCUCGCUGCUGUUCGGCCUGCAGCUCGUGCUGCACAGCCUGCUGCCCCACGCCUUCCGCAUCCAGGUGACGGAGCACCGGUCGUGCCUGUGGCUGAUGCUGGAGAUGACGCGGCUGUCGACCAUCAUCGUGGGCGUGUUGCACCUCCUGGCGCUCGCCGGCAACCACUACCUGGGCAUCCGGCGGCCCCUGCGCUACGCCCUCGUGGCCACUAGGGGCAACACCGCCAGCUGCCUGCUGCUGCUGUGGCUGCUGCCCGCCGCCUUCUUCGGCGCCUACUUCUCCGCUGUGCCGGGCCAGGGCUUCCAGUCCGAGUACUGCUCCGACUACUCGUUCCUGCUGCGCCAGAAGUUCCGCGCGGUGUUCUCGCUGCUGUUCUUCGCGCCGCUCGCCGCCAUGCUGCUCAUCUACUCGCACGUGUUCGCCAUCGUGCGCCGGCAGCAGUCGCGGCGCGCGCUGCUGGGCCGGGCAGACGCUCGCCCGCCCGCCGGCAGCCUCAAGGCGGUCCGCACCACGCUGCUCAUCCUGGGCUCCUUCGCCGUCGGCUGGAUGCCCGCCGUCGCAGUGCACGCGCUGUGCUGCGAGGACUGCGUGCUGACCUUCCGCGACGUGAGCCUGCCGCGGCUGGUGCUCGUCAGCGUGGCGGUCAACCUGCUGGUCAUCUGCAAGACGCUGCUCAACCCCGUCAUCUACGCGGCGCGCAUGAAGGACGUGCAGACCGCCCUCCACCUCAUGAACGCAAGUCUUCGCCUGCGCUGCUGCCCCUUCCUCGAGCGGAGGAGCGGAGACGUCUGCGGCGCGUGCGAGACGUCUCGGCACGGACUGCAGCACCGCAAGAGCACCGUCGUCUGUCGCGCCAACACCCUCUCGCACCACGCGCGACGGCACAACUCAGACCCCACCGAGGCUCACAGGGUCUUCGCGCGGGACGAGGGCCACCAGUUCCCCAGGAGCAACAUCACGGACGUGUAGCAACCAUGCCUGCACGGACUCUUCGUGUGCGAGGGGCGUGGAAGCAGUUCCGAGUUGAAGAGAGAGUGACGACAGGAUUUCCACAAAGCAAUUCCAGGAGUACCACGUGGGAAACAGCACCUAUCCUAACCCAAGCUGCUUUUAGGCAAAAAUCAAUAUUCGCUAAAUGUUUCAUUUUACAUCAAAAUAAGCAUAAAACUACAGCAGUGGUGAUGUUGAAAAUGUGAGUAGUCAUAGGCUCUCAAAAAGGUUUUGGAAGGAGGCAAUACUAAAACAUCUCUGUAAGUUAGGGGUGCAUAUUGAUCUAUAUUCAUUACCCAGGCAAGCAUUUAUAAACUUAUAGAUAUGGUGACUUCAUAGUUCCUGUGCGACACAUUGGCUACAAGAAACUCUCGUAUGAUGAGAUCUUUGAAAAGUUGUGACUCUAGAAAGAUUUUUUAUUUGACACAUAAACGCUCAGUGAUGUGACCGAGUGUUAUAGAAACUCAUAUACAUAUAGGACAGGAUACAUGUGUUUUUAUAAAAAAAAAUGGAAUUAGUUUUCAUUGUUCAGUGUGUAGGAUCAAAAUAAAAAAGAAUUUCAAUCUU